UCUCGCGGUAUUUGCUUCUCCCGCGGGAGUUUUUUGAACGCUCUGGCGGUAACCCCACCCUGGGUGCUUAGCUGCCGGCUGACCGGAGCCUGAGGCGACCUUGGAGUUUUGUCCUGCGGUCGGUGGGGCCCGCUGUACCCCUGCGCGGACGAGGCUCGUCCCAGCCAAGUCACGGAGCCAUGGGGGCGGAGAAGAAGCUGCUGUCGGUUAAGGAGGCCUUUCAGUUGGCGCAGCAGCCGCACCAGAACCAGGCGAAGCUCGUGGUGGCGCUGAGCCGCACCUACUGCACGAUGGAUGAUAAGACCAUUUUUCAUGAGGAGUUUGUUCAUUACCUUAAGUAUGCUAUGGUGGUCUAUAAACGUGAGCCAGCCGUGGAGAGAGUAAUAGAAUUUGCAGCAAAGUUUGUUACUUCAUUUCACCAAUCAGAUACGGAAGAUGAUGAGGAAGAGGAAGAUUGUGGCAUUUUAAAUUAUUUGUUUACCUUUCUUUUAAAGUCUCAUGAAGCAAACAGCAAUGCAGUUAGAUUUAGAGCAUGCCAACUCAUAAACAAGCUCUUGGGAAGUAUGCCAGAAAACGCCCAGAUUGAUGAUGAUUUGUUUGAUAAAAUUAAUGAAGCCAUGCUUAUUAGAUUGAAAGAUAAAAUUCCAAAUGUGAGGAUACAGGCAGUUCUGGCUCUUUCACGACUUCAGGAUCCCAAAGAUGAUGAGUGUCCAGUGGUUAAAGCAUAUGCUACUUUGAUUGAAAAUGAUUCAAAUCCAGAAGUUAGGCGGGCAGUGUUAUCAUGUAUUGCACCAUCAGCAAAAACUUUACCAAAAAUUGUAGGGCGCACCAAGGAUGUGAAGGAGGCUGUGAGAAAGCUGGCUUAUCAAGUUUUAGCUGAAAAGGUUCAUAUGAGAGCUAUGUCCAUUGCUCAGAGAGUCAUGCUUCUUCAACAAGGUCUUAAUGACAGAUCAGAUGCUGUAAAACAAGCAAUGCAGAAGCAUCUUCUCCAAGGCUGGUUACGUUUCACUGAAGGAAAUAUAUUAGAGUUGCUUCAUCGGUUAGAUGUGGAAAAUUCUUCUGAAGUGGCAGUCUCUGUUCUGAAUGCCUUAUUUUCAGUGACUCCUCUUAAUGAGCUGGCAGAAAUCUGUAAAAAUAACGAUGGCAGGAAGCUGAUUCCAUUGGAAACAUUAACUCCUGAAAACGCUUUGUAUUGGCGUGUCCUUUGUGAAUAUGUGAAAUCGAAAGGAGAUGAAGGUGAAGAAGUUUUGGAGCAGAUUUUGCCAGAGCCUGUAGUAUAUGCAGAGUAUUUACUAAGUUAUAUUCAGAGUAUUCCAGUUGUUAAAGAUGAUAAGAAAAGUGAUUUUUCCUAUAUUGGAAAUUUGAUGUCAAAAGAGUUUAUAGGUCAACAAUUGAUUCUAAUUAUCAAGUCUUUGGAUACAAGUGAAGAAGGAGGAAGGAAACGACUACUGGCUAUUUUACAGGAGGUUCUUACUCUGCCCACAACCCCAAUAUCCCUACUUUCUUUUCUUGUUGAGAGAUUGCUCUGCAUUGUUACAGAUGAUAAUAAGAGAACACAAAUUGUUACAGAAAUUAUCUCUGAGAUUCGGGCGCCCAUUGUUACCGUUGGUGUUGAUGAUCCCGCUGACGUAAGAAAGAAAGAACUCAGGAUGGCUGAAAUAAAAGUUAAACUGAUUGAGGCAAAAGAAGCUUUGGAAAAUUGCAUUAACUUACAGGAUUUUAAUCAAGCAUCAGAAUUAAAAGAAGAAAUAAAAGCAUUAGAAGAUGCCAAAGUAAAGCUAUUGAAAGAGACAGAGCAACUUGAAAUCAAAGAAGUUCACAUAGAGAAGAAUGAUGCUGAAACACUACAGAAGUGUCUUAUUUUGUGCUAUGAAUUGUUGAAGCAGAUGUCCACUUCAACAGGUAUAGGUGCAACCAUGAAUGGCAUCAUUGAAUCGUUGAUUCUUCCUGGAAUAGUAAGUGUUCAUCCUAUAGUAAGAAAUCUGGCUAUUUUGUGCUUGGGCUGCUGUGGACUACAGAAUCAGGAUUUUGCAAGUAAACACUUCGUAUUAUUAUUGCAGGUUUUGCAAAUUGAUGAUGUGACAAUAAAAAUAAGUGCUUUAAAGGCAAUCUUUGACCAACUGAUGACAUUUGGGAUUGAACCUUUUAAAACUAAAAAAAUCAAAGCCCUUCAAAGUGAACAUGCAGAAAUAAACAUUGAUGGAGACCAAGAGGUAAAAGAAGCUGAAGAAGAGACUGCUACAGCCAAAAAUGUUCUGAAACUCCUUUCUGAUUUCUUAGAUAGUGAGGUGUCUGAACUCAGAACAGGAGCUGCAGAAGGAUUAGCCAAGCUGAUGUUCUCAGGGCUUUUGGUCAGCAGCAGGAUUCUUUCUCGCCUUAUCUUGUUAUGGUACAAUCCUGUGACUGAAGAGGAUGUUCGACUUCGACAUUGCCUGGGCGUGUUCUUCCCCAUGUUUGCUUAUGCGAGCAGGACUAAUCAGGAAUGUUUUGAAGAAGCCUUUCUUCCAACUUUGCAAACACUGGCCAGUGCCCCUGCAUCGUCUCCCUUAGCUGAAAUAGAUAUCACUAAUGUUGCUGAGUUACUUGUAGAUUUGACAAGACCAAGUGGAUUAAAUCCUCAGGCCAAAAAUUCACAAGAUUAUCAGGCCUUAACAGUUCAUGACAAUUUGGCUAUAAAAAUUUGCAAUGAGAUCUUAACAUGUCCAUGUUCACCAGAAAUUCGGGUCUAUACGAAAGCCUUGAGUUCUUUAGAACUCAGUAGCAAUCUUGCUCAAGAUCUUUUGUUUCUGUUGAAUGAGAUGCUGGAGGAAGUAAGAGAUAGGACAUGUGUGAGAGCUCUGGAGAAAAUCAAGAUUCAGUUAGAAAAAGGAAAUAAAGAGUAUGGUGACCAAGUGGUAGCAGCACAGGAUGCCAACAUGAAUAUGACUGGUUUUCAAAUUGAAGAUGAAAAUCGUAAAGAAGCAUAUAGAACCCCUCUCAGGGAUGUAAAAGCAACUGGAGCAUCAAAAUCCACUCAGCAGAAGACUAACAGAGGUACUAGGAUGAACAAAGUGACAGCUUCAGCUAGGAUGAACAGGAGACACUAUACUGCUCAGGUUGACUCUGAAAGUGACCCUGAAGUUCCAGAGCCAGAAUCAGAAAUGAAGAGGAGAUUACCAAGACGAGCCAAAACAGCAGCACUAGAAAAAAGUAAAGUUAACCUUGCACAGUUUCUCAAUGAAGAUACAAGUUAGGAGAAGAGAUGAUGGAGGUGAAGUCCUUUUGACCAUGUCCUUUAAAAUUAUGUUCAGUUCUCUGCUCUAAUACAGUUACUCUUGUAUCAAAAUUAGAAAA